AUGGAUGUUAAAGUUCUUUCCAAGGAAAACAUCAAACCCUCUAUACCAACUCCUCAGCACCUAAGGAACUACCAAAUCUCUUUCAUUGACCAGUUUAGUCCAUCUUCCUACAUCCCAGUCAUUCUCUUCAACAAUAAUGCCAACGUUGUUUAUGACCACUUGAAUAAAGAAAAAACCUUGGCUUCAGAUCUCCUUAAGAAAUCUCUUGCUGAAACCCUGAGUUAUUACUUUCCUCUUGCCGGUAGAUUCAAAGACUUCAACUCCAUUGAGUGCAAUGACGAUGGAGUUGUAUAUAUGGAAGCUCAAGCAAACUUCCAUCUCUCUAAGUUUCUUGAAAAUCCUGAUAUUCCGUUCCUUAACAAGUUCCUUCCAUGCAAAGGAAACUGCCUCGAACAGAAUUGUCAAUCUCUCCUUGCUGUACAAACCACCACAUUUGAAUGCGGUGGAAGAGCCAUUGGAGUUUGCAUGCUUCACAAGGUUGUAGAUGCAUCUGCAAUGAGUGCUUUCUUGAAAACAUGGGCCAAGCUUACCCAGGGUGAAGGUGAUCGAUAA